UCCACAGUAACGGUUGUUGGAGGCAGCAGACGCUGUGUCUGCAACAGGUGACUUUCCCCUGUGUGAAAUGUACCUUGAAACAUUUUAAUUGUCAGAUAUUAACAAAGCUGAGAGCACAGAAAAUAGUAGGCGAAUAUUUGUAGAGAAAUGAUGGCGGGACAGGGUGGUUUGACGAAACUGGAGGUCGGUGUUUUAAGCGCUGAGCAGCAGGAGAAACUGCGACAGUUUAAGGUCAGAACGAGAAUCGACAACGAGAGGUAUUUGAGGUCUCAUCCAGAAGUGGAGGUGUUGAUUGGAGAGUUUCUGAGAGAUUUGCUUCUUAAAAGGCCUGCUGACAUCCGUGAGUUUGCUGCAGAUCACUUCACCAACCCAAACCUUCAGGUGGUUACUGCCUCCAAAAUGGAAGGAAAAAUUAACACGGACUGAAAUCCAUCCAUCAUCAGUUCAUUUCACCUUUAUUUAAUCUCAGAUGUCAUUUACAAUGCUGUUGAGAUUGCAGUUAAACAAAUAAAUUCUUCCUGAACAUUAGAAAAAAAACAUGCUGCUUCUCCUUUGUGCCUCUCUACACUAGACACUAACAUGCUUCUCUACUCUCCAUCAGUCCACAAAUUGUUCAGCUUAUAGCAUUAUGUGCAGAUUGCUAUGAUACGUAUUCAGGAAGGCAGCUAAAGGGGAAGAUGAUAAUUACCAUUUCUAAUGAGUAUAAUUAAAGGUUAAUGAGAGGAGGAACUCCUCUGGGUGUCUUGCAUGUGGAAGUCUGAGCUGUUUGCCUGAUCACUACUGUAGUUGUGAAGAUACAGGAACAAACUUUUUUUUGUUCACUGCUUACAAAUAUCCUUUCCACCAGGACCAUCAGAGUCUUACUAGGAAUUCAGUCAGUGUUAGUGACUGACCUGGGUUUGAAUUAACCUCAUAUCUAAUAAUGGAGUUACAAAAGUUGUACUUUUUGUUUUUAAAAUUUGAUUUAGGUUCCAUUUACUAUGAAAUGAUUGUCUUCUCUCUUUGUAAUCAUAUUUGUACUUUUAAAAAAGUUAUUCACAUUGUGUUUGAGAAAUAGUUGCAACAGAAUUGUGUUUUAUGUAGGUGAAUUUAAAGACUGUAGCUCUUUAAUGGUGUUAGCAUGUUCAGUUUGUUGCCAUGACUCAAACUUUACCUUUCUUUUCAAGCUAGAAAAAGAUGAGAAUAAAGAAACAAAUGUGUAUAGUCUACAAUCAGGGCUUUUCACAAGCACCAGCUGUCAGCCAAACAGCUGACUACUCACUUAAUCACAGCCGCCUACUUUGUUUUUCCAUUGUUUACUUAAUAAAAAAUAGUUGAACUCUCACU